AAGGGCGCGUCGGGGCUUUCUGUUGGGUCGCGCGGCCAAAGAGAGCGAGCAACGUGCGCGCGUGCGCUAGCGCCGGCGGCGGCGGCGGCGGCCGCGACGACGAACCCGCCACAGUAGAUAAACGUGCUCCGCGCGCGUCGCUCGCCGCGCACGCCUCCCGGCCACCGCUCGCGCUCCCGGCGAGACACCACGCUGCCGCUGACUGCGCGCCGGCCCCUACGCGUGUGUCACCAGCGGAGCGCCGGCUCCGGGAGUUUUCGUAUGCGCUGCCUGAACGCUGGGUGUGUCGGCAGUGGUUAGCGAAAGCGAGAGGCAGUACCGGCCGUUCUCUCGCGGGGACUUUGCAAACCGUGGCGCACGUGAAACGGCAUCUCCGAGUGACGGCCGCCAAACGCUGCCAGCUGUCCUCUCUACCAAUCGCACAUGGCUGACCAGGGCUUCUGCGGUUCUUCGUCCGGCGACAUCGUCAAGCAGGGCUACCUGUUCGUCAAGAGGCCGCCGAGGAGACGCUUCGACAUGCUCAGGGCGUGGCACAAGCGAUUCCUGGUGCUCAAAGACGAGACGAGCGAGCGGGGCCCACUGCUGGAGAUGUACACGAGCCAGGAGGAGGCCCUGCUGCAGUGCACGGCGCCAGCGUGCAGCAGCGGUGGCAGCGCGGCGCGCGCGUCACCUGCGGCCGCGCCCGCCUGCUGCCGACUCUGCUUCGACCUGGCGCAGACCGUGCACGUGGGCUUCACCUCGGACUCGAAGCGAUUCCCCAACGCGCUGGUGCUCGUGUGUCAAGGCCGGUCACCGCUGGUGCUGGCCGCGCAGGACGAGCUCGGCUCGCGCUCAUGGCUGCUCGCUCUGGGACUCAUCGCCCACAAGGCCUCUUCGCAGCAUGGGUGGAGGUUUAUGUGCCGAAAGGCGUCCGAGCAAGCGGCGGCCAUGGCCAAUUGUGCGGCGUUCAGCAGCAGCGUGGAGAACAGCGCGUCCGGCGCCGGGAGCACCGACCUGGGCUCCUGCCGCACUCGCACGGCCCGGGGCAGCGGCGGCAGCAGUGGCGCCUGCGAGGGCGACUCAGCCGAAUCCCUCGACGGUGUGCUCAUCCCGCCGCCGCUGGAGUACGGCGAUGGCUGCCUAGACAUGCUCUUCUCGCGGGAGCGGUUCCCGGUGACGGUGCAGCCGAGCGAGGCCUCUGAGAGACUGGGGCUGCGCGGCGAGUACCAGCUGGUGAUUCUGGGCCACAGCGUCGGAUUGCUGCGGCCGGGCGCUGCGGAGCCCUUCCUCGUGUGGCCCGUCACCUGCAUCCGUCAGUACAGGCACGAGCUGUUGCUCCAGCCAGGACAGGGGCCGCAGCAUGCAGCGUCAUGCGCCAAGGCCGCCGCUGCCCGAGGGGCGGCCACCUUGGUCACCAUCGAAGUCGGCCGGCGGUGCUGCACGGGUGAAGGCGCGUUCCAGUUUCGCACCCAGCGUGGUCAGGAGGUGAUACGGGAACUGAAGCGGGCUGUGUCGCUGUGGGCCGCACGCAAGGCGGCGCUCGCCUCCUGGUGCCAGUCACGCGCCGUCGCCCAGCGCUCUUCGUGCGUCAGACUCGGCCGCUCGGCGCCGGCCACUCCGUCCCUGUCGAUGCCCCCCGCGUGGCGACGCCAGCCUGAAAGCCCUGAGGCGGCGCGUAGCUGCGGCGGCGACACCAACUACGUCCUACCAGCCUUCGAGCGCUCCAGCAGCUCACUCAGCAACGGCAGCGUGCUCUCGUCGCCGCAGCUGGGCCGGCCGUGCCAGUCAGACCCCGAGCGCCUGGGCACCCGCGCUGACUCGUCGUGCGAGGACGCAAACUACGUGCGCGUCACGGCCGCUGUCCACAGCAAGGGCCGCGUGUCCUUUCGGAAGCCAGGCAGUCCGCCCCUGCCGCCGCCGCUCGUGCAGCUUGUCACCACGACCGGCACGCUGCCGCACGACAAGAAGCUCCAAGAGAUACGCCGAGCUGAAGGCUACAUCGAGGUCCUGCCGACGUAAGUCAUCAUCUACUUGUCCGAGACGGGAAAGAAUGCGUACACUGGUUUACGGCGUAUGACCGGAGAGGAGGCUGGACAGCCACGUUUGCCUGGACCCGCGACGGCAGCAUCCCGGGUUCACACCUGACCCAAAGUGUCGCGGCUUGGCUCGAGCGAUAUAAUGAUCAAAAGGGGGCCGGCCAUGCCAGAAGGAUAGCGGAGCUGAAAACUCCCCACCAAGGACGCUCUUAUGAACUUUUCAUAGAUCGCGAGGCACGGCCUUCUCUUGAACGGGUUCAAUGUAUCUUAGUCUUAGUUGGCCCUCCAUACUCUUACGUAGGUCGCCCUCCUAUUUUUUGUUUGUUUUUUCGCCUCGCCUGCCUUUUGGUGCCGUUGCAUUAAAGAAAAGAAAGCAUUGCUGGAA